GAUUUAUUUACACUUAAAACUGAUUCAUGUGACCUGUCAGCAAUCGAUUGAAAAUGGACGACAACGUUUAUAUUUGUUGUGAAUAUGCUAGGUCAAGUAUAGGGAGUUGUAAGGCAUGCCCAAAAGCUAUUCCAAAGAAUGCUGUUAAAAUCGGAUUUACCCCUGAUUUCGAUCAUUGUGGAACGAUCUGGUUUCAUUUUAGUUGCUUCUUCAAGAAAUGUUUUUUUCGUAAACAACUAAAAGAUGACACUGAAACAUCGUCAGUCUUUGUUGGCUUCAAGGAUUUGACAGAUACCGACCAAGAAAGGAUAAGAAAAGCACGCCAAAAGCUCAAGUUGGCAUUGAAAACGGGAAAUCCGGAAACAAAGAAAGGAAAACGAACUGCAGACGAUGAUGAAUCAGAAUGGAAGCCACAUACGAAGAAGUCGAAAACUGCGACACACUCGGAAAAAGAAUUAACAGUUGGAAAACACACUUAUCAAAUACAGGAUUUUUUAUACAUUAAUAUCAGUAGAUGGAAAGACAUUGUCCUUGUUGGUAUAAGAGAAUACUACAGACCCGCAACAGGUGGGAAACUUAGACCCGGGAAAAAGGGAAUAUCACUCACAGUCGAUCAAUACCGUACACUAAUCGAUGAGAAACUUUCUAUUUCAAAAGCAAUCGAACAAAUCAAAGAAGACAAAGAAGGAAAAGAUGCAAUCAAAAAGAAGAAAACAAAACAGACAAAGAAAGGAAAACAAGUAGUUGCUAAAACAGAUUUCGACAUUUCCGAAAACAGAAGAAUCAUUGUAAAAUCCGAAUUCAUUUCCGGGAGUCAACAAGUGGUAGUAGACAUCCGCGAGUACAGCACAGUAGAACAAUCUGGAGAGAUACCAUUACCCACAGAUAAGGGGAUAACCCUCACUGAAGAACAAUGGAAUAAAUUAUUAUCAUUGCAUUUAACCGUCAUCAGAGACUUGGCAGAUAACUUUGGUUAUUCGGAAGAUUUCGCUGAUGAACUAAGUGCUUAGUAUAUCAGAGUGACUCGUUUUGUAGAACAUUGUUUUCUUAAAAGACGAUUUUGAUCAGUGAUAACGUCUAAAUACAGGACAGUUUUGUUCAUUUAUUUUAUUUUCUAUAAUAAAUAAAACCUUUUGUU